GGUCUCCACUUUGGAAUGGAAAUGGUAUACAAGCAGCACCAUCAGACAUCAAGAUGGAAACCUUCCGGCUCAGGGCCUCCUUUUGGCUGGCACUGGUGGGAUGUGUAAUUGGUGAUAACCCUGAGAGACACAGCACAAAUCUAAGCAAUCCUGUGGAUAACUUCACCACUUUCCAUGGGACAGAGCUUAACUUCCUGGUCACCACGCAUCGACCCACUAACUUGGCCCUACCCAGCAAUGGCUCCCUGCACAGCUAUUGCCCACAGCAGACUAAAAUUACUGCAGCUUUCAAAUACAUUAACACUGUGAUAUCUUGUACUAUUUUCAUCGUGGGAAUGGUGGGGAAUGCAACUCUGCUCAGGAUCAUUUACCAGAACAAGUGUAUGAGGAAUGGCCCCAACGCGCUGAUAGCCAGCCUUGCCCUUGGAGACCUUAUCUAUGUGGUCAUUGAUCUCCCUAUCAAUGUCUUUAAGCUGUUGGCGGGACGCUGGCCUUUUGAGCACAAUAACAUUGGCAUUUUUCUGUGCAAGCUCUUCCCCUUCCUGCAGAAGUCCUCCGUGGGGAUCACCGUCCUCAAUCUCUGUGCUCUUAGCAUCGACAGAUAUAGAGCUGUUGCCUCCUGGAGUCGUGUUCAAGGAAUUGGGAUUCCCUUGAUUACUGCCAUUGAAAUUGUCUCCAUCUGGAUCCUCUCCUUCAUUCUGGCCAUCCCUGAAGCAAUCGGCUUUGUCAUAGUUCACUUCGAAUACAAGGGUGCACAACACAGGACCUGCAUGCUCAGUGCCACAUCCAAGUUCAUGGAGUACUACCAAGACAUAAAGGACUGGUGGCUCUUCGGGUUCUACUUCUGCAUGCCCUUGGUGUGCACUGCAAUCUUUUACACCCUCAUGACCUGCGAGAUGUUGAACCGAAGGAAUGGCAGCUUGAGAAUUGCCCUCAGUGAACAUCUCAAACAGCGUCGAGAAGUGGCCAAGACCGUGUUCUGCUUGGUUGUAAUUUUUGCUCUUUGCUGGUUCCCUCUUCAUUUAAGCCGUAUUUUGAAGAAAACAGUGUACAAUGAGAUGGACACCAACCGGUGUGAAUUACUUAGUUUCUUGCUGCUCAUGGAUUACAUCGGUAUUAACUUAGCAACCAUGAAUUCAUGUAUAAACCCAAUAGCCCUGUAUUUUGUGAGCAAGAAAUUCAAAAAUUGUUUCCAGUCGUGCCUCUGUUGCUGCUGUCACCAGUCCAAAAGCCUGAUGACCUCAGUCCCCAUGAAUGGAACGAGCAUCCAGUGGAAGAACCAUGACCAAAACAACCACCACACGGAGAGGAGCAGCCAUAAGGACAGCAUUAACUAACACCUUAAGAACAUGUCUUCAAAUCCUAUUGGAGGAAAAAAAA